AUGAACAACAACUGCGCGUACCUGCUCGACUCGCACUGCCGGGUCCACCUGUCCAACCCAUGCACUUCGUUCAAGCGCUGUGAUCCCUCGCCGCAGUGGGCGGCAAAUGUUGUCGUCACGCGCACGACCAAUUCCACAGUGCGACCCCUUCCCGCCAAGGUUCCGAGCGGCUCGGCUCUGGCGACCAGUCUUAACAGCGCGGACGCGGGCGUUAAACCCGUGCUAGUGAGCAGCACGGUUAACGUGCGAACAGCAACAUCAGGAGCCGUAGAAACGGUGCUGGAAGUGACGGAGUUGAUUCCGGCGUGGAUGGCGCAGGGCCGUGCUAAGGUGGCGGGCGGGAGCGAAUUUCCGCGGAAGGAAAGCGCGGAAGGAGAUAAUAGGAAAGAGGGGGGGAAGCGAGGGGGAGGGGCCGUAUACGUGGGGAGUGAAGCUCGAGGGGACCGGGGGCUGAUGGAAGCUGGAGCGGAUGAUAAUUUUGGCGGCGCGAAUGGCAACCCUAUGGCUGACGUGGACAGGACGAAAGAAGCGGAACAGCCUAUUCUGCUCUCCUCGUACGUUGCCGCGAUCAGCGGGGGCGGGGCUUUCCCCCAGGUGGGAGAUACUGCGGGGCACGCGCAAACGGGGGGUGUUGGCGCAAGGACAAGGCGCGCCGUGGGAGGUGCGCAGGUCGCUAGCGCGGGAAGAGAGGUUGGGGCCGCGGACUACGGCGGAGAGGACCGCGCGGUGGAUGAGUAUCACGGGGGGGGUGACGACACGGGGCUGCUGGUGGCGGAAGUGCCGCAAGCUGAUCGCGACGGCGACAGCGAUGGCGACGGCGACAGCGACGGCGAGAGCGAUGCCAACGGCGGUUCUGAAAUUGACCAAGGGAAUGUACCCGGUUACCUUCGGAAUACCGAUGGAUUUCCGGACGGGGAGCAGGAGGAGCAAGAGGCGCAGGGGGAGGAGUUCGGGGAUAUGAGCGACGCGGCCGCCGUGCGAACUUCUUCCACGUUCGCGCCCAACCCUCGCCGAAGCGGCACCAGCUUAGGCACGGUGCAUCCCAGGCCUAACUUCCGAGCCAAGCCACUGCUAGGGAGCAAGGGUGGUCCCGUGGGCGCAUCUGCCGGUUCGUCCGUUGGUUCGUUGACUGCUCCGGGUGAUGUUAACUCAGCCGCGCCGAGCCGCAAGCAGGAGCAGCAGACGCAGCAGCAGAAGCAAACACUGGUCCCUUCAACCACACCCUCCCCAACCAAAUCCACCAAUCCGUCAUCUCACCUCCCCAAACGCAUUCCACCGAAAAAUCCGGACGAUCCUCUUGGCAGUGAGCCCGAUUUCACUCUUCCCUCCGCUCCCACGUCCCCCGCACCUCCCGCCGCAACUCCCGCUCCGCGGGCGCCGCGCACGCCCUACCCCGCAACGCCGUCGCCCCCCGCACGCGCGCCGGCGGGCGGAGGGGGGAAUGCUUCCGCCGACCCUGAUUCGGGUUUCAGCGACUCGUCGGAUCAGCAAAGAGCGCCGUCAAAUCCGCCGCAAACCGCGCCAAACGCAACCUCCCCCAAUCGCAAUGCCUCGAAGAACGUACCACGCGUUCCCUCCCGCCCCGCCACGACGUCCCCCUCCCCUUCUGCCUCGAGUUCCCCCUCUCCCCGCGUCCCCUCCUCGUCGUCGUCCCCGUCGCGCCGCCCCGCUAUGGUGCUACGCGUUACCGUUACAAGGUUGGUCGCGGCGGGAGUCACGGCGUACGAGUGCGACCCGUUCCCCGCGUGUCUCUUCAAAACUCCGACUUGCACGGUCGCGGCGGGAGUCACGGCGUACGAGUGCGACCCGUUCCCCGCGUGUCUCUUCAAAACUCCGACUUGCACGGCGCGCGCGCAAUCCGCCCCGACGCAGGCCUCCGCGGCCUCCGCAGACCCAGCGGAAGCAGAGGUGAUAUUGGGAGCGGAAGCGGAAGAGGACACUCCCGCGGAAGAGGAUAUUCCCGCAGAAGCUGGGGAUGCGGGGGAAACGGAGCGGCUGGAUGGUCACCCUAGCGAGGUCUCGUAUGGGUGGCUCGACGAAGCUCGAUUAAUUAGCAAACACGACGCCGGCGGCAAUCCCGGUGUGACGGUCCAGAGCGUUGAGAACGCUGCCGGCGGUCACGGCGCCAAUGUCGGGGGAGCUGGGGAUGCGGAUGGGGAGGGGGAGGAGGGUGGCGUGCAGUGGGUGUCGGGCACCGCCUUCCGCGCCCGCACCAACCCCGAUGCGCGUUCCGCGGAUGCCUCCUCCUCGUCCUCCGCUGCUGGCGGCUCUCGGCGGGAGUCAGGCGUGCAAGCCUCGUCUGUCGCUGCUGCUGCCGCCCCUGCGUUUGGCAACACCAGUGCCGGCAGCAGUGGCCCCACUCCUCCUACUGACAGCGAGGGUGAGAGCGAGGGUGCGGGUGUGAGUGACCGGGCUGACCCGCUAAGCCCACAACAGCAGGACCCCACCUCCCCCGACCCUCUUGCUGCCUUCGAACCUGACUCGCAGUCAGAUACUGAUUCUUACUCCGACUCUACCGCUCAUGCUGGCGUUGACUCUGCUGACUCUGGCGUUGACUCUGGCGUUGACUCUGCUGACUCUGGCGUUGACUCUGCUGACUCUGGCGUUGACUCUGCUGACUCUGGCGUUGACUCUGCUGACUCUGGCGUUGAUUCUGGCGUUGACUCUGGCGUUGACUCUGACUUGGAGAGGAACGUCAACUCUAGCUCUUCAUCCAAUGACUCGGACCCUCUCUCGGAUUACAGCACCUGGGAUGGUGACUCGCAGGUUAACUCAGACACGCAGCAGCAGCCUUACAAUGCCGAGGAUGACUCUAACGCCCCUGCUGAGAAAAGCAACAGCGGCGGCAGCAGCACUGGUAGUGCUGGCAGCAGCAGCAGCAGUAGCAGCAGCAGCAGCGGCAGCGGCAGCGGUGGUGGCGGCACCACCAGCGGGUUCAAGCCCAGAACCGGACCAGCAACCGAGAGGCUUCGGAGCGACAGAAGCAGCAGCAGCAGCAGCAGCAGCAGCAGCAGCAGCAGGAGCGGCAACAGUGGUGGCAGUGACAGCAGCAGCAGCAGCAGCAGCAGCACGGACGAGGGCGGGAAUGCGGCGAGCAUGUACAAGUCCAAGAUGAAGGCUCGGAAGGCCAACCCUACCGCCCCACACCGGGGGGACACGGGUCGCACGUCCCAGCCCAAGCCCCGACCUUCCCCUCCCCCCUCCUCCUCCUCGCGCUCUCCCUCCCGCAACAGCGGCAGCAGCGGCGGGGGCAGCAGCGGGGGCAACAAGAUGCAAUCGAAACAACCCAAGGCAUCCCCAUCAUCAUCACCGUCCUCUCCCUCCUCUCCCUCCUCUCCGUCCUCUCCCUCCUCUCCCUCCUCUCCCUCCUCGCCCAUCCCGCGCACCGGCAACAGCAUGCAGCCCUUCUCCCCGGGGAAAGAAUCAGACCUGCCAUUCCGCUUCGCGCGCGGCCAAGAGUACCUCGUGCCCGUGCCCCACAUCCCCCCGGACCGCCAGUUCUCUGUCAAGCGGUACGGAGCGGUGGGGGACGGUAAGAAAGACGACACGCGGGCGUUUAAAGCGGCGUUUGUGGCGGCAUGCAAGCUGGGUCGGUUGAGUUCGCGUCCCACGGCCGUGGUGGUGCCUAGCGGGCGGUACAGCGUGGGAUAUCUGCGAUUCGUGGGGCCGUGCGGAUCCCGACUGGUGUUCCAGCUGGAUGGCACCAUACUGGGACCGCACGACCCCUUCCACCCGCCGGUGCAGCUGGGAGUGGUGCACUUCCUGGGCGUCAACGGGCUCAUGGUGUCGGGCCGCGGCGCCAUCGACGGCCGCGCGCAGCGCUGGUGGCAGCUGUGGAACGCGCACCGCCUGCCCGGGUCGCUCAGGCGCCCAUACCUGCUUGUCGCCGACAUGUGCCACAACUCGGUGGUGCAGGGGAUCACUCUGCGGUGCGUGGGGGUGCAGACGUGCAACCCGGGCACGAUCCACCUGGAGAUAGCAUCGAGCAACUUCGUGAAGGUGGUGAACGUGACGACGGACAGCCCCUCAGAGAGCCCCAACACCGACUCCAUCCACAUCACCCGCUCCACACAAGUGGCUGUGCAGCGCUGCACGCUGCAUGGAGGCGACGACAACAUAGUGAUAGAGGACGGCACGUCACACGUCCUCAUCUCCGACACGUGGUGUGUGGCCGGCCAUGGCAUCAGCAUCGGCAGCCUGGGCGACCACGGGGACACAGCAUGCGUGGCCAACAUAACGGUCACGCGGGUGGUGCUCAAGGCGCUCUCCAACGGGCUGCGCAUCAAGACGUACCAGGGCGGGUCGGGCAGCGUGCGCGACGUUGUGUACCGCAAUGUCUUCAUGGUGGAUGUGGAGCGACCCAUUGUCAUCGACCAGAGCUACUGUGACAAGCGCCAUGUGGACGGAAAGUGCGGGGAAGGUUCCUCCAAGGCCGUGGCAGUCUCAGGAGUGUCGUACAGCAAGAUAGUGGGCACGACCAAUUCCUCCGACCCCAUAGGGAUUAUUCUCAACUGCUCGUCCUCAGUGCCCUGCCGCAGAAUCUCCCUUCAAGACAUAGACCUGCGCUCCUCCUCGUCGCGCUCGCGCCCGCUCGUGCCGCAAGUGAGCAACGUGUUUGGCGCUGUGAGGAACGUGCGUGCGCCGCUGCUGCUCGCGGGGAAGGUGAAGAACGGGCCCGUGCCCGCACAGGCAGCAGCCAUGGCGGAGCAGAUGGGCGCCAUGUGCAGGUGCGGGGGAGGGGUGGGGCAGGGGGGUCGGGGAGGGUGGUGGGGGAUGGGGGUGGAGGAUAGGGGGAGGGUGGGAAUAAGGGGGAGGCACACCACUUGCGUUCCUUCUUCCCUGUUUUUUACCAUUUGA